AUGGGCAAAAAAAGAAAGCGACCCGUCAAGAACGGUCAAACAUGCGAGAAUCCGUUGCAGACAAGCUCAAAUAGUUCUAGCUGUUUCAAGACUGGCGAUUCCUUGUCUCCCCAAAAAGCUGCCGAAUAUUCCCAUCCCGUUAUCUCUCUAUACUACAGUGAAGUUGUGACGUUGAGACAAUAUCUUCUUCAGCAGAUACCGGCCUCAUCUAAGUCACGCCGUCGAAGAAUUGCGUCGGUGCGCAAUGGCUCUGCAUCUACCAAUUCGGGAAGCCAGGCGCAUAAUCUCGCCCUUUUUCUGGAUACGACGCUGGUUGGAAUCUUGAAAGAGUCGCCUCCAACGUGCACAUUGGAACGUCGACGAAAUUUGGCUGGAUUUAUACAAUCACAUUCUACUUCUCGGAUUACUGGUACAGAUACAGGGCCACUUUGUGCCCAAGCAGAGAUUGUGAACUUUGUCAUCUCUUCCUUGUUUAACCACAGUGGCUUCUCGCAUCGAAGGCCGCAUCACUUGUUAACUCAUGGAUUUCAACGUAUAUGCGGUCCCGAGCUUUCACGGAAGAAUGAUGAACUCGCAUGUAGUAUCCCCGGCCUUGUGGCACGCUUUCCCAACAAAAAUGCGCAGGCACUCAAACAAGAACCUUGGACUGGUGUCCUUGGUCUCUUGGGAUGCAACGGAGAUGAGAUUAUGUUGAGACUGUUAUUCGAUUGCGGGAUCUACACAGCUAUAGAUCACCGAAAAGGUGUAUACUAUCAGAUUAGUGGGCUCCCAUUAUCUAUGCUCGAGCCAGUGCAUAAGGGACCACAGCCAAAAGAUCUUGUUAUCAAAAAGACUGUUCCUAUAUCUCCCACGGCUAUGGAGACCGUCUCAAAGUCUGAUUCCGCCAAAGAUAGUGCAGUGUUUCGCAAUUGCCCUUCUUACAAACCCAACAGCAUUGUAUUUCCCCGUCGACGAAUGCUCUAUGCUCCUCCAACACUUAAUUCAAAAGGGAAAAUAGAGUAUGGGUUAACAAAUCGCCAUGUCCUCAGUCGUUGCUCACCUGACUCAAUGUCACAGUCUGUACACCUCAUGAAAUAUAUUUUUCCAAAACACUUUGGUUUGCAUAAUGUGUUCACAUCGACACAAAGUAGCGAAAAUGCCCAGCCUUAUAAGGAUUAUUCCUCACGCGAGGUCGAAAUUUCUAGAGCCAACGAACAAAGGCAGUCUCAGGCUCAGCGCUCAGGAGCUCAUUCAACUGGUACUCCUAAUGAGUCGGGGGGAUUUAAUCGAAUUCCCAGAAGGCUCCGAAGAGCUGUAGAUUUAGUUCAAAAGUUGCAGAAGCGCCACAAACGCUGUUCGUAUGCAGAGUUAUUACGAUAUUAUUGCCCGUUGGACUCCUCGGGACCGUGGAAAUACGGGGUUGACAACUCUCAAAAUGAGAGGACUCCAGGAUCCAAAUCAUCGGCACCAGAAGACUUUGUCACCCAGCUUCGUGUUCCCACUCAUACACACACAUCCCAAACGCUACAAGAGGGUCAGCAAUUGGACACCUCGAAUGUACAAAAUCCGGCACCCCAGAAUAUAAUUUCUAGACCAAAGCUCCGCUUAACAGACCAUGCGACUCCCGCUCCUUCGGUAUCGGCUUUCUGUCGAGCAGCCCUUCGGAAGUUGAUUCCUCCGCAAUGGUAUGGGACUGGCCAGCAGGGGAAGGCCAACCAGGAUAUUGUCCUUAGGAAUGUUGACCGAUUUGUGUGCAUGCGACGUUAUGAAAACUUAAGUAUUCAUGAAAUUUGCAAAGGCAUAAAGAUCACAUCUAUCCCUUGGCUAGAGCCUCCAGAUGUCGGUAGGCAGCAGGUGUUGUCUCAAAACAAGCUUUCAUUGUCCGAUAUGCACAAGCGCACAGAAAUCUUUCACGAACUAAUAUAUUACAUCUUCGACUCAAUAUUAAUACCUCUCGUUCGGUCUAACUUCUACGUAACUGAAUCUCAAAUCCAUCGAAACCGCCUAUUCUUCUUUCAGCAUGAUGUGUGGCGUCAGUUGACUCAACAGCCACUCGCUGAUCUUAAAUCCUCCAUGUUCGAAGAACUGAAACCGGAGAAAGCAAACAAUAUACUUGGCCGCAGAUCUCUAGGAUAUGGCUCAUUACGACUUCUUCCAAAAAUGACCGGUAUUCGGCCCAUCGUAAAUCUUCGGCGGCGGAUGCAGUUGAAGAGCAAGUGGACGACCACGGGGGUUCAAUAUUUGGGUCCAAGCAUUAAUUCCACGGUGGCACCCAUUUUCAACGUAUUGAACUACGAGAAAACUCGUAACCCGGCUCAACUUGGCUCAUGCCUGUAUUCAGUGGGCGAAAUCCAUUCUCGGCUCAAGGCCUUCAAAGAACAGAUGUCACAAGGAUCUUCGGGCCAUACUCGUCAGCUGCCUUUCUAUUUCGUUAAGCUUGAUAUCCAAUCCUGUUUUGACACCAUCCCUCAGCAAAAGCUGAUCCACCUUGUCGAAAAAUUGGUGUCUGAAGAAGCGUAUCAUGUGACGAAGUACGUUGAAAUGAGAGUCCAAGAUGAGUUUAGUAACAUAUGGCCGUCGCAAGGAUCUCGGCAGAACAAAGGCGUGCGGAAAUUUGUGGGUAGAGCAGCACCUGCCAUGAAACCUCAACCUCUAGCAGAGACCAUUGAGAGUGGCGGUGUCAGUCGCAGGAGAAACACAGUCUUUGUUGAUACAGUAGCACAGAAAUACUACAACACCGAGGAUCUACUGGAUCUCCUGAAUGAGCACCUCCGAAACAACCUCGUUAAAUUUGGAAAGAAGUUUUUUCGGCAGCGCAAUGGUAUUCCUCAGGGCUCUGUGUUGUCCAGCCUUCUUUGCAAUUUAUUCUACGCCGAAAUGGAACGAGAAAAGUUGGGGUUCCUUGGCUGCAAAGAGGCCUUGCUUCUUCGUCUUGUAGACGACUUUCUACUAAUAACGUCCAAUCCCACCCUUGCGAUGCGCUUCUUGAAAGUGAUGGUCAAAGGACAGCCGGCGUAUGGGAUCACCGUGAACCCAGCGAAGAGCUUGGUUAAUUUUGGCGCUGUCGUCGAGGGAGCACAUAUCCCAAGGCUUAUCGAUAGUUCGUUGUUCCCGUACUGUGGGAGCCUGAUCGACACUCGCACGCUGGAAGUACAUAAAGAUCAUGACAGGAUCCUGGAAGGAGGCGACUCUGCUGCGGAAAAUUUAUCAAAUUCGUUGACCGUCGAACUGGCGCGAGCCCCGGGGCAUUCUUUUCACCGGAAAGUACUAGCAUCAUUCAAACUACUCAUGCAUCCCAUGUACCUCGACACCAGCCACAAUUCACUCCCUGUGGUGCUGUCCAACUUGUAUGCCAAUUUCGUGAUGACAGCCAUGAGAAUGUAUCGAUAUAUGAGGGCGUUGAUUGGGCGACGACAUCCUACUCCAGCAGUGGUAAUUCGAGUCAUUAGGGACCUGAUCCAGUUAUCUCACCGAUUUGUCCAAGCCAAACGCACACCGAGCCGGCAAGUAGGCGAGGGUGAUGACUCCAACUCGUCAAGCACAAGCAUGGUACAUGGGUUCCAGGUACAGUAUCUUGCGGCCGCUGCAUUUCGCCAUGUAUUGGGUCGCAAACAGACACGAUACGGCGCUGUGUUGCACUGGCUCGACCAGAUUCAACGACAAGCACGACCGAAAUCGAAUGGCAAGCUGGCACAUUUGGUGCAAGUGGUGCGGAAAGGCAAUAUGUUAUAUGGAGGCUGGAGGUAUUGA